AUGCCUCCACACCAUAAUAUACCGCAUGACAACUUGAAAGUUGACUAUGUCAUUAUUUACAGAUUCGCGGAUUCCACUAAGACGGAGGCUUCAAGAAGCUUUCAGGACCUUGUGCAGGCACUGGCUAGGGUAGGCCUCGCGAUUGAGGUUCGGAACGGAGGGAAUUGCUCCCUUCUGAUCUUCGUCAAAGUGGCUUCCGAUGAGCGUCUCAACAACGCCAUCUAUCGCUCCAGAGUAAAGGACUGGCUUUACGGCAUAAGGCCCGCCCAGCCGGAUCGGGAAACGCAGAACUCGUUGACAAGCCAGCCGCUGACAGAAGCUGAACGGUAUCGUAUAGUCCACCAGCUGAUCACAGGUCCAAAGGAAGAAGGAAAUGCUGGGAUCGUUCCCACUCAUGGUCAAUGGAAGAACGUAGAGUCUAUCUUCCCACUCCACGAUCAUACCUUCAACAAGGAAUGGAUCAAGAAAUGGGCGACCGUGACGUUUCUCAAAGUGGAGGACUUGGACGAGAUCAGAAAUCGAUUCGGCGAGAAAGUCGCAUACUACUUCGCCUUCACACAAUCCUACUUUGCCUUUUUAAUUUUCCCUGCGGCCUUCGGUUUCUCGUCGUGGGUCUUGUUAGGCCAUUUCUCGUCCAUCUACGCAGUUGUCAACUGUCUGUGGAGCGUGGUUUUUAUCGAAUACUGGAAACGGCAAGAGGUAGAUCUCGGUAUCCGCUGGGGCGUGAAAGGUGUUUCAGCCAUUCAGGAGAAGCGAAGAGAGUUUCAGCACGAAAAGGAAAUCCAAGAUCCGAUCACUGGUGAGGCUGUACAGGUCUUCCCAGCAACGAAGAGGUUGUAUAGACAGCUUCUCCAGCUACCGUUUGCUGUCCUGGCAUCUUUGGCACUUGGACUAAUUAUAGCCACCUGUUUUGGCAUUGAGAUCUUCCUAUCCGAGGUCUACAAUGGACCAUUCAAGAGUAUUCUGGUAUUCCUCCCUACGCUACUUCUCACAGCUUUGGUCCCUACAAUCACAACGAUACUGACCGAGAUUGCGACGCGACUUAACAACUACGAAAACUGGGAAACCACCGACGCUUAUGAUUCUGCCAUGACCCAGAAAAUCUUCAUUCUCAACUUCAUCACUUCAUACCUUCCAGUCUUCCUAACAGCGUUCGUCUACGUGCCGUUUGGCAGCUUAAUCGUGCCUUAUCUGGAUAUCUUCCAGCUGACUGCGCGUCCCUUUGCGGAAAAUGAGAAGCAGCUUGCGACUCCAAAAGCGGGGUUUGCCAUCAAUCCAGCAAGGCUCCGGAAGCAGGUUAUCUACUUCGCUGUCACAGCGCAAAUAGUCAACUUCGCGAUGGAGACCAUCGUCCCUUACGUCAAGCGCAGAGGUUUUCACAAGUAUCAAGAGCUUAAGACCGAGAGAGCCGCCAGGAAGGGAGGUGCUGCUCCAAACGCAGCUGCGAACGAUCUGCCUGAAGAAGCCGAGUUUCUUGCAAGAGUCCGCGGCGAGGCCGAGCUCGAUGUCUACGAUGUGUCUACGGAUCUGAGAGAGAUGGUUGUCCAAUUUGGCUAUCUGACCCUUUUUUCGGUGGUAUGGCCGGUGACGGCUGUGUCAUUCCUCAUCAACAACUGGGUGGAACUUCGCUCGGACGCUGUCAAGAUCUGCGUUGAGAUGCAACGCCCAACUCCGCACCGAGUCGACAGCAUUGGACCAUGGCUGGAUAGCUUGGGAUUUCUUACAUGGUUAGGCAGCAUUUCUACUGCCGCCCUCGUAUAUCUCUUCAGCAAUGAUGGCUUAGGCCCAGACGGCACGCCAGCAGACAUCAAAGGAUGGGCUUUUCUCCUGACCGUCUUCUUCUCCGAGCAUAUAUAUCUCUUGGUUCGCCUUGCAGUACGUUUAGCGAUCUCCAAAAUGGACUCGCCAGGAAUGCAAAAGGAGCAUGCAGAACGGUUCAUGGUUCGUAAACGCUAUUUCGAAGAAUCCUUCGGGGAAGAUGCAAUGGAGCUGCCGCCACCAAUGGACAGAGAAAAGAUCACGCGGUCAUCGCUGGAGGAAGAAGCUCGACAAGGCAGUAUGAGGAGCUCUACUCCCCAGGAUCAGUUCUGGUUGAGGCAGCGAAGCUGGGAAGAAUCAUCUUCGAUCGGCAUGGGUCUCAUUGAGAAGAUGGCACCAGCAGAGAGUAGGAAGCAACAAUGA